CACCUUUUUAUCGCGAACUUUAAUCUCGUCUCGUCUUUCUCUGAAUCCUUCGUGUAGCUUAUCGUGGCCAUGAAAAUGUCUCCUCUCUUCUUUCCCUGAAAACUGAAAAGCGCAUUUUACGUUCUACGCUUCAUUAGACGAUGCCAGUGGCCAGAGACUUAACGUUAAAGGCCGCAAAACUAUGCCAAAAAUAGAGAGAGAAGAAUCUUCACCCUCUCUUUCUCUAAUUUUCCCUCACUUUCCUUUCUUUUCCUUGGCUUUCUUUCCAUCAUCAUCAAGCAGCAACAAAGAUGAGCGUCAUAGACAUUUUGUUCAGAGUCGAUGAAAUUUGCAAGAAAUAUGACAAGUACGACAUCGACAAGCAGCGGGAUCUUAAUGCCUAUGGCGAUGACGCCUUCGCUCAUCUCUUUGCCUCUGUCGAGUCUGACAUUGAAGGCGCUCUCCAUAAAUCUGAGUUGGCUAUAAAGGAGAAGAACAGGGCUUCUGCUGCGGCAAUGAACGCAGAGGUUCGUAAGACUAAGGCUCGAUUGAUGGAUGAACUUCCUAAGCUGAAAAAAUUGGCUAAUAAAAAGGUCAAAGGGCUUUCAAAAGAAGAACAAGCAAUCCGUCCCGACCUGGUUCUUGCACUGCCAGAAAGGAUUCAAGCCAUAGCAGAUGGGAUUGAAGCAGCAGCCAAACAAAGUGGAGGAUUGGCAGGAUCAACCCCUAAUAAAAAUGUCAAGUUUGACUCAUCAGAUGAACACCUUCAUGAUGAUUUUUUCCAACAAACUGAAGAAUCAAGUCAAUUUAAACAAGAGUACGAAAUGCGGAAGAUAAAACAGGAUCAAGGUCUUGAUUUUAUAUUGGAAGGAUUGGACACGCUGAAAGAUUUGGCUCAUGAUAUGAAUGAGGAAUUGGAUAGGCAAGUUCCUUUAAUUGAUGAAAUUGAUACAAAGGCGGAUAAGGCAACUUCAGAUCUUAGAAAUACAAAUGUUAGGCUAAAGAAAACAAUUGUUGAGAUAAGGUCCAGUAGAAACUUCUGCAUUGACAUUAUUCUGCUUUGUGUAAUCCUGGGAAUUGCGUCCUAUAUCUACAAUAUAUUGAGAUGAAAGGUUUUCAUGGGCUUGUUCUACUGUCUGCUUGAUCAUAAUGUUGUCUGGUAUAAUGAUUUUCAUCAUCUGAGGGUCUUUUCUGUAUGCUUUCAGUAUCUUAAGCAUAUGUUCAUUUAUUAUGUUGCCCCCUAAGAAUUCUUUUUCAUUUGGCUUUUUGUAUUAACCAUCUGAUAAUAACUAUUGGAGCUUUAAGCAUACGGUAAAAUAUCAAUUUAUUGUC